AUGGCAAAAUCAGAAACGACACCUGGAUACGACAUUGCGACCAAGUGCUUCUACGACACAUUGCAAAACCAGCACUCCAAUAUGAUACUCUACCACCUGGAUACCACUCCGCAUGUGGGUCAUGGAGACGAAGAUUCAAGUUGCCCAAUUCUGUGUACCAAGACGGCGAUCUAG